AUGUGUGUGAAGAUGUGUGGCGUGUUCUCUGCACUUCUGCUGGUGUGUGUGUGUGUGCGCGGGAGCGUGGAUUUACCGAGAGAUUUUGGAGUGAAACUCUGUGGCCGGGAGUUCAUCAGAGCUGUGAUCUUCACCUGUGGAGGCUCCCGCAUAAUCACCUUCAUCAUCACCAUCAUCAUCACCUUCAUCACUAUCAUCAUAUCACCAUCAUCACCUUCAUCAACAUCAUUACAACCUUCACUAUCAUCAUCAUCACCUUCAUCACUAUCAUCAUCACCAACUUCACCAUCAUCAUCACCAUCCUCACCUUCACCAUUAUCAUCAUCACCUUUAUUAUCAUCAUCACCACCUUCACCAUUAUCAUCACCAUCCUCACCUUCACCAUCAUCAUCACCAUCCUCACCUUCACCAUCAUCAUCAUCACCUUCAUCACCAUCCUCACCUUCACCAUCAUCACCUUCAUCACCAUCCUCUCCUUCACUAUCAUCAUCACCACCUUCACCUUCAUCAUCAUCAUUACCACCUUCACCAUCAUCCUCCUCACUUUCACCAUCAUUAUCAUCACCUUCAUCAUUAUCAUCAUCACCACCUUCACCAUUAUCAUCACCAUCCUCACCUUCACCAUCAUCAUCACCAUCCUCACCUUCACCAUCAUCAUCAUCACCUUCAUCACCAUCCUCUCCUUCACCAUCAUCCUCACCUUCACCAUCAUCACCUUCAUCACCAUCCUCUCCUUCACUAUCAUCAUCACCACCUUCACCAUCAUCAUCACCAUCCUCACCGUCACCAUCAUCAUCACCAUCCUCACUUUCACCAUCAUCAUCACCAUCCUCACCUUCACCAUCAUCACCUUCAUCGCUAUCAUCACCAUCUUCACCAUCAUUACCACCUUCACCAUCAUCAUCCUCACCUUCACCAUCAUCAUUAUCAUCACCAUCCCCACCUUCACCAUCCUCUCCUUCACCAUCAUCACCAUCCUCUCCUUCACGAUCAUCAUCACCACCUUCACCAUCAUCAUCACCAUCCUCAUCAUCACCAUCCUCACCUUCACCAUCAUCACCAUCACCUCCUUCACCAUCAUCCUCACCUUCACUAUCACCACCUUCAUCACCAUCCUCUCCUUCACUAUCAUCAUCACCACCUUCACCAUCAUCACCAUCCUCACCGUCACCAUCAUCAUCACCUUCAUCAUCAUUAAUUUAUAGUUACAGUCAUCUUCCUGCCGACCAGGGUCAGCUGCUGCUGGACAGAGAUGAAGAGCUCAGCCCGUCUCUCUCAGAUCUGCUGUCCAUUCUGAGCGAUGCACACCCCGGCGACCGGAAGAGAGACCCCGGCGACCGGAGGAGGCGGAACUUCUCCAUGGGACUGGCGGGAAUGUGCUGCCAUCAGGGCUGCACCAAGAAUGACAUCAGCCUCCUGUGCUGAGACUCACUGAUGAUGAUGAUGAAGGACUCACUGAUGAAGAACUGAACUGUUUGAUUAUCCCAGUGCUUCAGAUGUAUUUAUUUAUUUCACAUCUGUUCAUAUGAUCACACUAAUAAACA